CAUAUUUUUGUUCUAAAUUUUAAUAGUAAUUGAAUCAAAACAAAUCCAACGGUCAGCAUCGUAUGCAUCAGCUUAGCUCAAAGAAAUUCUGUUGUAAUUAGUUUCAAUGGUUUCUAGUAUUAAGACCAUUAAGAAGAACACAUUUAAAAAAAAUCGCACCUUGUUAGCCCGACAGUAUGGCAAAUACUGCAUUUGUGGAGGAUUGGAACAGUAUUAUUCCAUACAAAAUCAAGGCAGCGGAUCUGGAACACCCAACGGAAUCAUUUGUUUUCAGAUGUAUUAUAAGCUUCCUGAAGAUGUUGAAGUAUAAUGUGACCGAAUUCGAAAAUAUGUACAACGAACCGAAGGAGGGUCUGAUGUUGAAAAGGAAACAGCUGGCAGCGCACAUCAACCACUCAUACCAACUCUGCCUUGGUUCUAAGUCGAGCAGUUUCUUUUAUGUGGAUUUAAUUAAACCAUCGCCUAAAAAGACCAUCCAUGUUCUCAAUAUACUUCUGAAUUACUUAUUCUACGUUAACAUGGUUCGAGAUGAAACAGUCGAGCGAGCUACGCGAUGUACGGAAAAGUACCAGGAACUGUCUGCCAAGCUCAACCAACAGCAGCGUGAAAUGGAAACGCAUAAGAUAAAAGUUCAUAAUAUUGAAGAAAACAUCAUGGAAAUGAACAAGCAGUUGCCACAGCUACAGAACGAGAACAAAGCAUUGCGGACCAAGAAAACACAGCUCAAGGAGAGGAUGGCUACAAUCAAGACCGCGAAGAGUGAAUUCGCUGGAAAAAUCUCCAAACUGAAAACAAAAUAUGCGAAAAUAAAGGAACAACGAGUGGAGGACAAGGAAGCGGCUGCCUUGAUAGAGAAGAACAAAGCUCUGGAGACAGAGAUAGCGGAGUGUGAAAAGCAGGAGAAGGACUUGCAAUUAACCAACUCCCAGUAUUCGACUUUGAUCAGUCGUAUCAAACCAUGUCUACAUAUUGCGGAGGAAAUCCUCCAGAAUCCAAUAGACAAUUCGCUGAGAGUCUUGGAGAAUCAAGUUGAUGAACUUAGAUUGAAACACAGCAAACUAGAACAAGAUCAGGCCAAAAAAGUCGCAAUGUGGGACGCAUUAAAGAUAAAUUGUGAAUCUGUAAGGGCCUAUAUGGAUGAAAAAAGCAAGGAACUUGCUGCUAGACAGAAGGCACUGAGAAAGAAUGAGCGUCAAACAAUAAGUAAAUUUAAAACAAGACAGUCUGAGCUUGAUGAGUUACAAGAGAAAAAUGGCGUAUAUUUGGACCAGAUCGAAAUCCUGAAGGAGGAAAUUUUGUUGGUGAUGCAAAUAGCAGAUGAGACAAUGGCCUUUUUAAUGCGAGACCCCAUCAGAAUAAGUAAUGAUUUACCACGCGACUAGGGGUUGAUUGUUCAUUUAUACUGAGUUUUUAUUAUUAUUGGAAGGUCUAGUUUGUUACAUGUUAUUUAUGAUGCAAAUCAAUAUUAAUAAAAGAGCAAUGUAUCAGAACUGAACAAAU